AUGGCGACUGUGAAUGCAUCGGUCGGCGACCUUACGGCCGGUGGUGCAGCUGAUAGCAAGCAACAAGAGGCGGUGAAGGGGGAAGAAGAGGUGGUGAGUAAGGAGGAGGAGGAGGACGACGACGACGACGACGACGACGAAGAGGACGAAGAGCAAGGAGAAGAAGGAGAAGGAGAGGAAGAGGAACAAGAAGAACAACAAGAGCCAGAGGGUGACGAUGGUGGACAGCACAGCACCAGCGACUCGGAAGGCCUGUCGGAGCAGCUGGAGGUCAUCUUCGACAAGCACGGCGCGCAACGGAGAAGAGCCAGCCUGACGCCGGGCUCAAAACAGAGCAGGCCCAAAAAUAAUCGCCAGACCACUUCGUGUUUCGUGCACUCUUUACUGGAAGCAAGAUCGAAAUACAAUCCCUCGACUGCUAACCCCGACGAUGACCUCCACAAGCCGGCAGACAAGAAUAAUCAAGCCGAGGCGUCGCAAGGGCCGCAGCACACGCAGUCGAGACUGCUGACCAAGAAGCAGCUCUCGGACAUGGCCUUUGGUAUCCGGGAAUUGUCCAAGAAGCUGGGCCGCAUACGCUUGAUGCUGAAAGUGCGCAACGUGUUCCUGCUGACCAAGGCACACGAUCAAAAGCUCAUUCAAUACACGCGGAACGUGGCUCAGUGGCUCCUGCAACAAAAGGAUGCCGAUGGAAAUCAAUAUACCGUGUGGGUCGAGGAGACGAUGAAGGACAACAAAUCUUUCGGGGUAGAUGCACUCUAUUCGCAGGACGAGUCCUACAGAGAGAGGUUAAAAUUCUGGACCACUGAGCUAUGCAAGAAAAAGCCCCACCUCUUUGAGAUAUGCCUGGCUUUGGGCGGCGACGGCACUGUUCUGUAUGCGUCGUGGCUCUUCCAGCGAAUUGUGCCUCCUGUCAUGUCCUUCGCGCUGGGUUCUCUGGGCUUCCUGACCAAAUUCGACUACGGUCAUUACGAGGAGACUCUGACACGAGCGUUCAGGGAUGGUCUGACCGUAUCUCUGCGCCUCCGGUUUGAGGCCACCAUCAUGCGCUCCACCAAGAAAGAUAACGAAGACGACCAGCACUCUCGCGACUUGGUAGACGAGCUCAUCGGGAACGGAGCAGAUGAUGCUUCCACCCACCUCCCCGGUGGCACGCACAACAUCCUCAACGAUAUCGUCAUGGACCGCGGACCGAGCGCGACCAUGAGCAGCAUUGAAAUGUUUGGUGAUGAAGAGCACUUCACCACCGUCCAGGCGGACGGCGUCUGUGUCGCCACACCCACUGGCUCGACUGCAUACAAUCUCGCAGCAGGAGGUAGUCUCUGUCAUCCCGAUAAUCCCGUCAUCCUCGUCACGGCCAUUGCACCGCACACUCUCAGCUUCCGACCCAUCAUCUUACCCGACACGAUUGUCCUCCGCAUCGGUGUCCCCUAUGACGCCCGAGCCAGCUGUUGGGCCAGUUUUGAUGGAAAAGAGAGAUGCGAACUCACACCAGGAGACUACGUCACCAUCUCCGCUAGUCGAUUCCCUUUUCCCUCGGUUCUCCCUCUGGAUCGUCGCAGUGAAGAUUGGGUGGAUAGUAUUUCUCGGACUUUGAAUUGGAAUAAUCGCCAACGACAGAAAGCGUUUGAUGAUGGUGGCAAAACGGGUGGAGGAGGGCAGUAG